UCUACCGGUACCGACUGGAGCAGGCGAUUGAAGAAGGUGUGGAGGGUCUCGGUCUCAUGUUAACGGACGAGGAUCAUUUCACGGGGCGAGAGUAUCACAGCGUGACUGAGCUCGCCGAGAUGGGCAACCGAGCGGACGCUUCCAGACUCCUCCUGGAUCUGGUGACGGAGAAGGACUCCGGGGCGCGAAGGGCGAUGUGGGAAUCCUUUGUGAAAAUACGUCUCACGUUACCGAAGCUGAACAGGAUAUUGAACGAAAUACGGGAAAGCGGGCAUGACCAGUUCCGCAACAUGAGCAGCGUCAGGCGUUUAUCUGAAGUGCCAGUUCCAUUGAAAGAUAUUCAGAGUGAACACAAGUACAACCUCCGAGCACAAACGGAAACACUGAGAGUGAACACGAUCAUGAUGCGGGAGAAGGUGAAGAUCUUCCAGCUGGGUGACCUGUACGCUGAGCUCACGGUCAUUUCUACCAUUCGAGAUCGGAGACUGGUGGAACGCGAGCUGCUGGCAAGGGGCCGUCACCACGAAGAGUGGAGAGGCAAACAUCUCCAGAGGGAGCUGGAAAAGAUCAGAACGGAUCAAUUGUUUCAGAGCUGCUACUCACAAAGCUUUUGGGGACAAAUGAAGAGACUUUUCACUCGGCCGACUGCAGGGUGUACGGCUGUGGCAGCUGGAGCGCCGGGCAUCGGGAAAACGACAAUGGUGCAGAAGGUUGUUCAUGACUGGGCCACGGGGAAAAUAUACCAACAAUUCAAGUUUGUUUUUAGUUUCAAAUUCCGGGAUUUAAACUCCAUUAACUGUCCAAUAAGCCUGAGUGAACUGAUUCUGAAUCAGUACCCUUACUUUGGGAAUAGCCUGAGAGAGGUCUGGAAGAACCCAAAGAGACUGUUGUUUAUAUUCGAUGGCUUGGAUGAAUUUAAGCACAGAAUCAGUUUCACGGACAACCAGGGAGACACGGAUCCUCAGCAUCGGUGCCCAGAUCCGACCGUCCGGUGUAAAGUGUCUGACAUCGUGUGCUGUUUAAUCCAGCACAAGCUGCUUCCAGCGUGUUCGGUGUUGGUGACCAGCCGCCCAACUGCUAUAUCUUUGUUGGAAAAAGCGAAUAUUAGUGUUUGGACUGAAAUCCUGGGAUUUGUUGGAGAUAAACGGAAAGAAUACUUCGACAGAUUUUUUGACGACCAGAAGGUGGCAGCAGCUGUUUUCAAACACUUAGAGGACAACGAUAUCCUGUACACCAUGAGCUAUAACCCCUCCUACUGCUGGAUCCUCGGCCUGACACUGGGCCCGUUCUUCACACAAAGAGUCAGAGACUCUCAGCGAAUUCCUAAGACCAUCACCCAACUCUAUUCCUACUAUAUUUACAACAUCCUGAAAAACCACGGCCGUCAGAUUGAAAACCCCCGCGAUGUGUUAUUGAGGGUUGGUGAGAUGGCCUUUGCGGGAGUGUCCGAGAGGAAGAUUGUGUUUACAUAUGAAGAUCUGGUCAAGUACAGCCUGCCAUCUUCCCAGUUCCUGUCCGGCUUCCUGAUGGAGCUUUUCGAGAGAGAGGCUUCUGCCUGGACCGUGGUGUACACAUUCCCACACCUCACUAUCCAAGAGUUUGCAGCCGCACUCGCACAGUUCCUGACCACAGAAGGCAAGGAUAUUAUGCAUCUCCUCACCGAUGCCCACAACACGGCAGAUGGGCGAUUUGAGGUGUUUCUCCGUUUUGUUGCUGGUCUCUCGUCUCCAAUGUCAGCUCGGCGCCUGGAGGACUUUCUGGGUCCAUUUGCUCAUCAGACAACCUGUCGAGUGAUUGAUUGGGUGAAGGAAGCGUUUGAAGGCCAGGUUGAAAACUCGAAGAGUGAAACCGAUAAAAGGAGGCUCCUGAACACGCUACACUACCUGUUUGAGACUCAGAAUACUCGACUUGCUCAGAUCACACUGGGAUCCGUGGACGCUCUGUCACUCCGUGGAUUGCGACUGACCCUGAUGGACUGCGCGGUCCUGGCUCAUGUCAUCGGACAUUGUGACACAAUAAAGCACCUCGACUUGUGUGGCUGCCGCAUUCAGUGUGAAGGACUCCGGCGGCUGGGGCCCGUACUGCACAAAUGCCAGGUUUUGGGACUGGGGUACAAUGACCUGGGGGAUUCAGGUGUGCAACUGGUGUCCGCGACACUGAGGAAUCCGGACUGCAAAAUUCAGAAACUGGAGCUGACGAUUGAUGGCGUCACAGAGUGCUCUGCCGAGUAUCUCUGCUCCGCCUUUAGUACAAACCGCUCGCUGAUUGAACUUGACCUGGGUGGUAACAAACUGGGAGACUCGGGGUUGAAAGCUCUGUCGACGGCUCUGGGAAACUCGGAAUGCAAGGUACAGAAACUGAAGCUGCACAACGUUGGGCUCACGGAAUUUGGUGCCAAGGAUAUCGCCUUCUUUCUCAAUAUCAAUCGGUCACUGGCGGAGCUGGACCUCCGGGGUAAUAAACUGCGAGAUUCGGGAGUGAAACAGAUGUGCGUUGCUCUCAGUAACCCGGAGUGUAGUCUACAGAAACUGUGGUUGGGGUGGAAUUCUCUUACAAGCCUUAGCGCCGAGCAUCUCGCCUCCUCUCUCAGCACCAACUGCUCACUAACAGAACUGUACCUGAAUGACAACGACCUGGGAGACACAGGAGUAAAACUGCUGUCUGCGGCUUUACGGAACCCGGAGUGUAAAUUACAAAAACUGGGGCUGAGUAAGGUCGGUCUCACAGAUUUAUGCGCUGAGGAAGUCGCUUCCGCUCUCAGUACAAACCGGUCACUGAGGGUGCUGGAUCUGCGAUCAAACUCCUUCACCGACCAAUCGGUCCCCGCUCUCCGCCGCCUCAUACUGACCCUCCCGAGUUUCCAGUGGAUCAGAUUGUGCGACAAUCAGUUCAGUUUAGAAGGAAGGAAUCAGCUGAAGUCACUGUGGGGAAGCAGACCCGGUCUGAAAGUGGACUUGUGAGAGUCUCAAUGUACAAAAGUCACCCGUCUUAUCUAGGUUGGACUAAAUCCCUAAAAAGGGCACACUCCCGGUUUAAAUCCGCACAGGAUUAAUUGUUCGUAACAGAGAACCGCGUAAUGCCCGAUGUCCCCUGACGUCUCCUUUUCCACGGAUAUCAGAGGCUUGUUGUCAUUUCCCACACAAGUAUGAUCUCGGGGACUGAUGGUCUAUAGAAAUCUCGGGGCGGCAUUCAUUCUCGGGCAGUGCUUAUCGCAUGCGGUGUCGCGGUGUGACUGUCUUGCGCUGGAAUCAUUUGGGAACUGUGCUGACGAGGUAGCAAUUGGUACUCUGGCUCAAAUCCAUUCGGCAGCGUGUCAAUAUACCUUCAUCCUUUGUAACAUAGCUCAGUAGUUGACCCUGAAUGGCAGUGGUCUCGGAUACAAACCUGAAAUAUGAUUCAAUUCAAUUCAAGAUGUUCUUCACUUGGGUGACGA